ACAAUCAGGCAUAAGGGUUCUUCUUCUUUGUCACAGUGGAAACAGAGCGCCUUAGGUAGAAGAUGAGGCUGCUAACGCACAACAUGCUAUCGUCGAAUAUAAAGGGAGUGGAGAAAGGGUUUCCGCUGCGGAUCGAGGCAGAGAAGGUGGUUGAGAAGCCGGUUGAGAUGAACGCGGAUUUCCUGCGGAAGAUGUUUGAGAAGGUGGAGUGGAAGGCAUUCCUGGAAGCUUCUAGAAGCAUGGGGUACACGCAGCUCCCGGAGGAGGUGGAUUCCGGCAUGCUUGAGUCGGACGAGUUCCUGAGUAGGUUCCACCACGCACUCCUCGAGCUCCACCUCGAAGAAGGCGCCCUCGUCUGUCCCGAGACCGGCCGCCGAUUCCCCGUCAACAAGGGUAUUCCUAACAUGCUCCUCCAUGAGGACGAGGUCUGAUUACCAGCCUGCCUUUUCUUUGAUUAUUAGACUUGUGUUGUCUUUUGUACCCUCUCAGUCUCAUUAGGUUUGGCUGUAAUUCACCGCUAAAAGUGUUUCUUUAAUUUUCAUCAUAUAUUUAGUUACUUCUUUCCAUGAUAAACAUUGUACAAAUCAUUACUCUGUAAAAUCAUUACUCGGUAGCAUAUUCCUAUAUUAAAGAUAAUGCAGCAGGUCUCUAUUCACCAUGAA